AUGCUGGUUUGGCGGUACAGAUUGUGCCAUACAGAUUUUGCUGACUAUAAAAUCACUCUGUUCCGUGAUGACGUUGAACAGCAUAUGACUUGCGACUCGGGACGACCAUGUAGCCGCUGUAUAAAACGCAACAUCGGUCACCUGUGUCAUGACAAACCUCGUGAACCCACGAAACGCGUGAAGAACGACUCGGAAGGCACCGUUGCCGCCGCGUCCGCAACUGAAGAUAGUCCUGCUGCAAACAAUGACUUUGAGAGUAAAGGCAUGUCGCAAUCUAUCGAAGGACGUGAAACCUUAGAUGAGCAAAUAUUGCCGGAUACCGCCCUUUCCAUGCAACCGCCUUCCUUGACCUCCUCGCAGAACGCUCCGCCGCAGGAUAUAGCCGCUUCCGGGCCGAGUAUUGACGUUGGCCAGCAGGGCUUAAUGGGCUAUAAUAACGAAUGGCGGCUUGGUGGGCAGAAUAACCAGUUUCAAGAUAUCCACACUUUCCACCCAUCUUACAUGUUUAAUGCACCCGAAUUCACCAACGAGUAUAACCUCCUCAACGACUUUCUCAGCACUAGCCUUCUAGACGACGGAUCAAUGUACCCCAACGAAGAGGUAAGGGGUAUCUACUCCGACAUGUCUCUUCUAAAUUCGAUGGCCACGAACCUAUCCCGGAAUAACGAUGGCUUCCAACAACAGCAACAACCAUCCUCAAUAUCCCCUUCGCAAUUCAUCAAUCCUUCACUGGCAACCCAGGGAGGCUCCAUACAGCCACCCAACAGCACUGUCGGGAACGACAAGGCUAAAGAAACAUACUACAUGACAGCUGCUGACCCGUCCGGCACUGACCCUCCGGAGGAACGUAUGAAUAAGCUCCUCAAGGCCAAAUAUGACGCCGGCCUGUUGAAACCGUUCAACUAUGUAAACGGCUAUGCUCGACUGAAUAAAUACAUGGAAGAGCACUUGCAACCCAGUUCACGACAGAAAAUCCUCCGUCAGCUGGAUAAGUUUCGCCCUGCAUUCAGAGAGCGUAUGCAUGCCCUUACCGAUAUUGAGUUAGUGUUAGUCGAGAUGUGGUUUGAGAGAAGUUUAAUGGAGUACGAUCGCGUGUUUGCAAGUAUGGCCAUUCCGGCCUGCCUAUGGCGGAGAACCGGCCAGAUAUUCAGAGGCAACCAAGAGAUGGCUCAGCUCAUCGAUGUGCCCAUGGAUUCCUUGCGAGAUGGUAAACUUGCUAUUCAUGAAAUAGUGGUUGAAGACCAACUUGUCAGCUACUGGGAGAAAUUCGGCGCCAUCGCGUUCGACAGCUCUCAAAAGGCGAUGCUUACAAGCUGUACGCUGAAGAGCCCUGACCCAAACAGCCCUAAGAAGAAUAUCCCCUGCUGCUUUUCCUUUACCAUCCGCCGAGACAACCACAAUAUCCCCUCCUUGAUAGUAGGGAACUUCCUACCAACAAAACGCGUAGACGUGCACCGAUAG